UUUGACAUCUCCCUUGUCAAUGGCUUCAACGUGCCCAUGGACUUCAUGCCGACGUCGGCAAACGGACAGAGAGGGCAAGCAUGCAGCAGGGGGCCUCGCUGUGCAGCAAACAUCACUUCGCAGUGCCCAGAGGAGCUGACGGUGCCUGGGGGCUGCAACAGCGCGUGUAGAGUGCUCAAGCAAGACAAGUACUGCUGCACCGGGAAUGUUAGCAGCACCUGCGAGCCCACCACCUACUCAGUGUUCUUUGUGCGGGGGUGCCCCGAUGCCUACAGUUACUCCAGGGAUGAUAGCUCGAGCACUAUCUUCACUUGCCCAUCGGGCACCAACUAUCAGGUCGUUUUCUGUCCCCCAGUUGACAUUUCAGCUUCGCCUCCAGCUAAAAAUCCUCCUGCACCUGAUGUUACUGGAUCAACACGCACAAACCACUCAUCCUUUACAAAAAGCAGAGUUUUUGGUGUGGUUCUAGGUUCCAUAGGCAGUUUGAUAGUACUUUUCCGAUUUGUCACUUUCUUCACAUAUAAACUAAGAAGUCAGCGACACCAGGAGAUGCAUGAAGGGGAUGAAGAGUUUGGAGAGCUACCAGGAAUGCCAACGAGGUUCACAUUUCAGCAGCUACAAGAAGCAACUGACCAAUUCAGACACAAGCUUGGGGAAGGAGGAUUUGGGUCUGUUUUUGAGGGGCAAUACGGUGAAGAAAGAAUUGCGGUUAAACAUUUGGAUCGAGCUGGUCAGGGUAAGAGAGAAUUUUUAGCAGAGGUUCAGACAAUCGGCAGCAUCCAUCACAUUCAUCUAGUGAGGCUGAUUGGUUUCUGUGCAGAGAAAUCACAUAGGCUUUUGGUAUAUGAGUAUAUGCCCAAAGGGUCCUUGGAUAGGUGGAUCUAUUACUCACAUGACAAUGAUGCUCCCUUUCUGGACUGGCAAACUAGAUGCAAGGUUAUUUCUCACAUUGCCAAAGGUCUAUGUUAUCUACAUGAGGAGUGCAUGAAGAGGAAUGCUCACUUGGACGUCAAACCACAAAACAUCCUCUUAGAUGAAAACUUCAAUGCAAAAAUUUCUGAUUUCAGAUUAAGUAAGCUCAUUGAUCGGAAUAAGAGCCAAGUGAUUACAAGAAUGAGAGGCACACAUGGAUAUUUAGCUCCUGAGUGGUUGACAUCCCAAAUCACAGAAAAAGCCGAUGUAUAUAGCUUUGGCGUUGUGGUCAUGGAAAUCAUCAGCGGUAGAAAGAAUCUUGACACCUCACGGUCUGAAGAAAGCAUCCACCUUAUUACCUUACUGGAAGAAAAGGUGAAGAGUGAUGAGUUAGCAGAUUUGGUUGACAAGUAUAGUAGUGACAUGCAAGUACACAAGCAAGAAGUAUUGGAGAUGAUGAGGCUUGCAAUGUGGUGUUUACAAAUUGAUCCUAAAAGAAGGCCUCAAAUGUCUGAGGUGAUCAAAGUCUUGGAAGGUCACAUGAAUGUAGAAAGCAAAAUUGAUCAUAACUUUGUCAUAACAAGUCAAACAAUGUUUGGUAUUGCUGAAAAUACAAGUUCCUCAGAUCCACCUCAAGCCUCACAUUUAUCGGCUCCCAGGUGAAAUGGGGUAACUGUGAGAAGUUAGUACCCUAGGUUAGACACA